AGAGAAAACCGAAAGAAAGAAAGAACACAAAGGUGUCUUUGAAGAUCACGAAAACAAAACCCUGAAUCCAUCAUCAAAGAGUGCUCGUGCUCGCUCGCAAUUGCAGAGAAAUCCAAACCUCCGAUUCCUAACAAUUGAGCUGCACUUCAAAGCUUAUAUUGUUAUUACUGGGAAGCAGGGCAUAUUAUGGCCAGCCUUGGUGAUAGAAAGGAAGCUGAAUGGAUGGAAAGGAUACUAUCUGAAGGAGCCGUUCCACUUCUUGAGCCGGAUAAUUGUUCAAAAGGUUGGGCUUCCCCUCCAGGAGAUGCAUUCAUGGUUAGAGGUCCUGAGUAUUUUACAACAAGGGUUAAGAUUCCUGCCGGUGAUUAUCUACUCAAGCCUAUUGGUUUUGAUUGGAUUAGAAGUUCGGUGAAAAUCGGGGAGAUAUUAAAUGAUCCAAAUAGUCGAGUUAGGAAGGUCAUUGAUAAUGAGUUUCCAGCAGGUGAUAAACCCUUUAUAUGGGCCUUCAAUAUUCAAGUCCCAACCAAGGAUCAUUAUAGUGCCAUUGCAUAUUUUACAACCAAAGAGCCUAUUGCUGAAGGGUCGCUAAUGGAUAGGUUCUUGAAAGGUGAUGAUGCAUUCAGAAACUCAAGACUUAAGUUGAUUGCCAACAUUGUAAAAGGUCCUUGGAUUGUUAGAAAAGCUGUUGGAGAGCAGGCUAUUUGCGUAAUCGGCCGUGCCCUUUCCUGUAAAUAUUCCGUUACAGAGAAUUUCAUAGAAGUAGAUAUUGAUAUAGGGUCUUCUAUGGUUGCAAGUGCAAUAGUUCAUUUGGCGUUCGGUUAUAUCUCAUGUUUGACGGUUGAUUUGGCUUUUCUUAUUGAGAGCCAAGCUGAAUUAGAGCUUCCAGAAAAACUUUUAGGUGCUUUCAGAUUUUCUGACCUCGAUCCUGCUUCAGCUAAAACAAUCGAGCCAUCGUCUGUCGAGAGUUCGGAAGGUUUACAGACAUCUUUACCUACUAGGUGGUGGCAGUCUAUUGGGCAGGGGUUUUCCCACAUUCUUCAUUCAGGUCCUCAAGAAGAUGGCUCUACUUCUGGAUCACAACAUGCUAAUAUUUUAGAUAAAAAAGAUAGUCAGACUGAUGUCAAGCAAUGAUAUACUGGAGGAAUUGCAGGAAUUGCAAAGGGUAUGAAGUUCCAUUUUAGGUGAUUAUUCUUUUAGCCUUUUGGGGUGUACAACUGAAUUCUUGCCCUAUGGUAGUAUUUUGUAUCACUUCAGAAAGUUAGAACUUAGAAUGCCCUCAUAUUUAUAGUUGAAAAAUAGUCCGUAGCUGAAAAUUAAAUUCAUGACUUUUUUCUUGUCUAGGGUACUUUUUGUGCUUAUCCAAAUUACAAUUGCUUCAAUUUUUUGGUUGGAUUGAUGUUAUGAAUUUGUUCUCCUUUAGUAACUUGUCUAGUAGAUUUAAUACUUUCAAAUA